AUGUUAGACUCGAUCGCCAAGUCCUUGUUUAUCCCAGACCAGAAGAAGGCGGUACUUGCAUCUGUCCCCUCGGAAAUGGCUGCCUUCAUCGCCACGUAUCCGCCCCUCGAGCAAGUCUCGCAGCUCAAGACUGCCGAGACUACGUUCCAUGCCGUGCUCGAGGUCCCGGCGAGUCUUGCGAACGAACCCUGGCAGCUUGCUCUGUGGCAUUCUAAUAAUGACAGAGAUGGUAAAGGCGGUGGAGAAUGGACCGAAGACUUUUUUGUACCUACCGGAUGGGGCAAUCAUCCGUCGACCUUGCAAGAUGUCGGUGGAACUCUAGCUCGGCUGUACUUUACAGUUGUCUUGACUGUGCAGUCACCCAUGAGCUUUACCGUCAAGUUCCGUCAACAGCCUGGCCAUGAUUGGAGGUGGAUUCGGGACGAGUUGGGUCUGAACGACGGCAUCGUCGUGGUCGACGGAGCACCGAUCCAUGAGGGAGAUUCCGAAGGACUGCCAGACCUAAUCCGCGGUCUAAACCCUGACCUUAGUUGGAAACCUGUCAUGAGCCAGUGCCCAGGGACGCGGCUAUGGUCUGUCGAAGCACCCGUGAAGGGUGCUGAUGGCGAUAAAUCUACCCUUGUAGACAUCCCUGUUGGCGUUCCAUGGGGAAAAUUUCUCAGGUGGUUUGCCUUGGUCCGAACAUGGACACCUUGGCUGGCCCCGAGGCAUGGGAAGACCGCGUUUGAGCUCGACAAAGAUGCAAUACUCUGCUCGUUUCUGUCUCCAGAGGGAAAGCACUUGGUUUUCCUAGGAAUCAGCGGCCUGGGAAAUGUCAUGGGCCUGUUUCGAAGCAGUGACAAGGGGGAACUCAUCCUUCACGUUCGAAAUGAUGACUCGGAGGCUGGAACUGGCACUAUCCUGGUGGCUGCUGGCAAUAACUUUGAGAGUGCAAACGCCGCCGUCAUGUAUCAUGCCCGUGAUCUUAUCGCCUCCAACAAAAUGGCAGCUGGCGAGAUCGAGGCUGAGACAAAAGCCCUUGGCGGUGGUGUUAGAUCCGCAUGGUAUGAAAACUGGUAUGAUGGGCUGGGUUACUGCACUUGGAACGCACUGGGCCAGAGACUGACGGAAGAAAAGGUGCUCAAAGCGGUAGACACGCUGGCUGACAACAAGAUCAACAUUGCAAGUUUAAUAAUCGACGACAACUGGCAGGAUAUAGACUACAGGGGAGACGGCCAGUUCCAGUAUGGCUGGAAUGACUUUGAGGCGGAGCCCAAAACCUUUCCAAAGGGGCUUAAGUCACUGAUAUCCGAAAUCCGCUCCAAACACAAAAACAUCCAACACGUCGCCGUCUGGCACGCGCUUCUCGGGUACUGGGCGGGAGUGGCGCCCGAGGGGGGAAUCGCUAAACGAUACAAGACGGUUGAGGUUGUUCGUGAGAAUUCAGAGCGGCGAAGCUUCCCGCUCGGCGGCAAGAUGACUGUCGUCUCCAAAGAAGACGCACACAGGUUCUACGACGACUUCUACCACUUCCUCGCCAGCUGUGGCAUCGACGGCGUCAAGACUGAUGCCCAGUUUAUGGUCGACACGUGGGUAUCGGCCAAGGCAAGGACCGAGCUCAUCCAUACCUACUUGGACGCGUGGACCAUCGCCUCGCUGCGUCACUUCAGCAGCCAUGUCAUCUCUUGCAUGUCCCAGUCUCCGCAGAUCAUAUUCUACUCCCAGCUCCCCCGCAACCGGCCGGCCGUGGUAUGCCGGAAUUCGGACGACUUCUUCCCCAACGUCCCGUCUUCGCACCCCUGGCACGUCUGGGCGAAUGCCCACAACAGCUUGCUGACACAGCAUCUCAACAUCCUUCCAGAUUGGGACAUGUUUCAAACCGUCCACGACUACUCUGGCUUCCAUGCCGCCGCGCGCUGCGUCAGCGGCGGCCCUAUUUACAUCACGGACGUGCCCGGCGCGCAUGACAUCGGCCUGAUCAAGCAGAUGACGGGCGUAACUCCGCGAGGAAAGACGGUCAUUUUCAGGCCGAGCGUGCUUGGCCGGUCCCUCGACCAGUACGUGACAUACCACGAUCUCAGCCUGCUGAAGAUCGCGGCGUACCACGGCAGGGCCGCCACAGGCACCCCGAUCCUGGGUCUGUUCAACAUCUCCACCCGCCCCGUGACAGAGCUGAUCUCUCUCUCGCGGUUCUCGGGCGUCCUGCCUUCUCUCUACUACAUUGUCCAGUCGCACAGGAGCGGCAAGGUCACACGGCCGCUGCAAACGAGCGAGCCCGCCUCGCUGCUCACUGUGUCUCUCGACGUCCGAGGUCAUGACAUUCUCUGCGCAUUCCCCUUGUCGGUUUUCAGCACACAGGCUCACGGUCAGGUCUUUAUCGCGACCUUGGGUCUCGUGGGGAAGAUGACUGGAUGUGCGGCCAUUCUGAACAGUCACGCAACAUUGCGUGAGAACGGGGAUUUGCAGGUUGACACCAAUUUGAAGGCUUUGGGAGUACUUGGGAUCUAUAUCUCAUCCCUUCCCAGCCUGUCUCUCAAAGACACCGUUAUCGCGACGAUUCAGGGGCAGCCUAUCCCUUUCCACGCGGCAUCUGUCAGCAAGUCAGACGAGCAUAUUCUGGAGCUCGACAUCGAAGCGGCGUGGAACGAGAUGGGCCUGGAAAGCGGCUGGGCCAACGAAGUCGAGGUCAAGGUGUUCUUUGCCCUGGAUAAAUAA